AUGGCCAGAGGACUCGACGAGCUGAUCGAUUGGCUCGUCGCCGAGACGGCCUAUUGCGGCGAGACAGGCUUCCGCGUGGCGGACUUUGUGACGGCGGUGAGCCGGUUUAAUGGUCGCUCCCAGCCCAAGACAGAAGUCGUGGACGGUGACAGUGGCGGCGGCAGCCAUACACCAACCGCGGCGUCGACAGACGUGUUUGUCGACAUGCCACUGGCCCGCAAAACCUGGGACUGGCUGGUCGAGCGGCCCGAGAUCCUGGUAGGCCGCAACGGCGACCGGGGCCACCUGUCGUUGGACGAUGCCCUCGCCCUUCCCGAGCCGCAGCCGCCCGUGGCAGACGACCCAGUUGACCCGGCGAUGGAGGACGCCGAGGACAACAAGAUUGCCGUGGCCGCAGCAUCACUCGCAACCCCGGCAAAAGAUGGAAAGCGGAAACGAAACCGCAAGAGUGCGGGUGACCGGUCCUCCGCGUCUGCAGCCGCUGCAAAUGAGGACCCGAGCACACGGCCACGCUUGUACGCCACGGAAAAGACCAUUUGGUACACGCUGACCGGCCACGACGUCGACUACAAGAAAGUGCCCAUGCUCGAGUGGCAGUGCCUGCAGGGCAUCGCGUCGGCCCGCACCAAGGGCAUCCUGCAGGCCGACCUGCGCGACAACGUCGGCCAGGACAAGCGCUCUGUCCCGAAACGCACGGAUUUCUUGGCCGCCAAGGGCUACGCCGUCAAGCGCACCACCAUUGCCCGCGGCUACCGCACCAGCAUGCUGUGGCUGACCGAGUUUGCGCCUGUCGAGCUCGACUCUGGCGCACCGGAACCGGCGACAGCAGCAGCAACGGCCGCAGCAACGGCCGCAGCAACGACCGCAGACGACGACGCCACCCCGGCCCUCUUGUCGUCCAAGGAUCUCGCCAGCAGCGGCAUCGACUUCUCGCCCGAGUUUCUCACCAAGGACCUCGCGCCCGUGCCCUGGCGCAACCGCUGGAUCGGCGACGCCAUUGAAUUUGCCUCCUUUGGCCAGACCAUCCUGGCCAUUGUCAAGGCCUGGGGCGUCAUCCGCGUCGUCGACCUCAAGGUCAAGCUGGGCAUUGUCGGCCUGCGCUGGCAGAUGCGCACGCUGGCCCGCGCCUCGCGCGAGUUUGUCGCCUCCGGCAUCCUCAAGUACGUCGCCGCCAUGCGCCCGGACGAGCGCCAACUGUUCAAGGACUGCAUCAAGUUUGAGCGCGACCCGACCCCCGGCGAGUGGGCCGUCUACCUGGCCGCCGGCCGCCGGCGCGCCCCCAUCACCGAGCUGCGCGCCAAGCGUAAGAAGGAGCUUGGCCGGCUGUCGUAUGCGGGCGGCGACCACCAGAGCGAGCUGGAGCUGGACAGCAUGGCGGCGCUCGAGGAGGACGAGGAGGACGGCGACGGCGACGGCGAUGACGAUGCUGCGGCCGGGACGAGCGUCAUGGGGAGCCGUGUCGCCGGCCGCUCGACACCUGCCUGGGCGCUCGACGUGCCCCUGGCCAACCUGAUUUACGACACCGUCGACCGCGCCGGCAUCGACGGCAUCACGUCGCCCGAGAUCUGCCGCGCCACCCUGGGCCCGUCGUUUGCCCGCUACGUGUUUUCGCUCGUCACCGCCAUGGCGCGCCCGGGCAGCCAGCCCGACCACCUCCGCCAGUUCCAGCUGCACUGCGAGCCCGCCCGCGUCGGCAAGAACAAGGCCUACCUCUUCCGCACCCUCGAGAACGCCAAGCUGGCCGAGCGCAUCAGCCACGGCGAGUCCCUCGAGGCCAUUGAGCAAGAAACGGCGGCAGCGUCGGCCGCGACACGCGCCGACGCCGCCACGUUCUGGGCGCUGCGCGACGCCGGCACGCUGUUCGAUCGGCCGGCCGAAGAGCUGCGCCGUCUCUACGGAUUCGCGCCGCUGCCGCCGCCCAUGACGGCCCAAGAGCUGGCCGAGCAGGAGGCCAGGUGCACCGCGCUGCAUGUACGCAAGAGGGCCGGCCGGCCCAAGAAGAAUACACCCCGCGGCAGGGACAGAGGAAGAGGAGACCAUGGUUCGCCCCGAGUUGGUGCAGAUCACAGCGUCGACGCAGGCACGCCACCGCCCAAACCCAGGCGAGGACGGCCGCCCAAGGUCAGAGAGGUGGAGCCGGAAGAGCCCGACGAGCCCAACGAGCCCGAUGAAACUGAAGACGCCGAUACAGAAAUGGUCGAAGCUGAAGCCAUCGUGGAGAACGGCGACGCCACUGAUGUGCAGCCUGUUGCCGCCCCUGUGACACCAAAGAGGCGUGGGCGUCCACCCAAGGUCAAGCCAGCCGAGGCCGCCGCUGAAGCCGAAGACACUGGCAAGGAAGACAAAGAACUGGAGGAGGCUGCCGACUCUGCGAAAACGACAUCAUCACCACCAAAGCGCAAGCGCGGACGGCCACCAAAGAAGAGGUUUCCUGUUACGGAAGAACAGUCUCCAGUCGCGGCAAGCGCGGCCGACAAGGAAGACGACGAGGCCGAGGUGUACAGAAACGGAAGGUCUGACCGGGAAGAUGAGGGUCCGGAUGUCCGGCGUACACAAAGUGUCCAAAACGGGCAGGGACGACCAGAGGCGGGCACCCUCGUGCCGGUUGCCUGCCAUUACAACGGCAAACCGGGUCACCUCACCUUCGACAACGACAACAAGACGCUCACGUUUGCCUUUGCCACCCCCCGUCGCGGCCGCCGCCCAGCGAACUCAAAAGAGCCCAUCACCAUUGCAACCGACAACUUGGUUGGCGAUCCGGUCAUCCGCAGGGCACCCGGUGGCGAUGGCCAAGCCAUUGUUUUGGAAGCACGCGAGGUCCGUGACGGCGACGAAGCUCACAACGAUGGCGAUACAGGCCGGCAGAAAGGCAAAUCCGACACAACGUGGCCCUUUGUCUUCAUACUGGAUGACGAGAAUGACGACAACGGCAAGCUCGCCGCAGUCCUGCGUGAUGCUCUAAUCGCUCUGCGAUCUCCGAAUCAGCCAAAGCAGCCUCAGAAUCAACAGUCCCAUCAAGAAGAAGAAGACGACGACGAAGUUGGCGAGACCACAGCUAUACAACAAGACGGCCACGGCGACGUCGUGCCAACACCAAAUCGUGGUCGCCUACGCGGUAAGAAGAACAAGAAGCAGGGACGGCCAGCAGCAGAGACCAAGGACUUUGUCUGCGAGACGUGCUCUGGCGUCUGGAAGAACUUGCUGGGUCUGCAGUACCACCAGACGAAGGCGCGGACCGCUUGCAACCCCAACUACGUGCCCAUCUCGACCGAAGAAAGGGAGGCCAAGAAGAGGCAGCAGAAGGAGGAGCGCGAUGCAGAAAGACGGCUGGCAGAGCAGAGGGACAACGAAAACGACAACGACAACGACAACGGAACAGGGCUGGCCAGAGGCCGUACCGUCCGCGGCCGUGCGCUUCGCGAACGAAAGCAGCCUGCUGGCGCCUUCCGGGAAACCUCGCCUCUGUCGUCAGCGUCGACCCGGUCCCACUCGCCGGCGCUCUCCGUCGCGUCCGAGUCGGCCACGUCGUCUGUGUCGCCCAAGAAAGAAGGCCGCCAGUCGAUCAAGGUGCACGGCAACCGCCGUCGACCGUACCGACUGCACGACUCGGACAGCAGCGACGACGAACCAGCCGAUCGGCCCCGCGGCAUUGUCAGCGCGGCCCACGUGUGGCUGGGUUUGACAGACGAGUCGCCGCCACGGGUCGUGGACGUCGAUAUGGAUGCCGGCCCUUUGAACGUGCCCGAUACACUGCCGGACACCACACCGCCAUCCAAGCCGCUAGCUACACUGUCCGCUCAGGUGGUCAUGGAAGACACCCCGAUGGAGGACGCCGUCGGAGCGAGUGACGAGCUGGCUGCAACCGGCCGGAAGAGCAACACGCCGCCACUCGUGGACAAGGCCGCUCUGCAACAGCCGACGGCUCGUACAGAGGAGCCACAACGUCCUCCUGCCCCUGCAGGUCGCGCGCACGUCGACAUGGAGGGCAUCGGCUCGCUUGGCAAAACAGGGCCUGCAGGCUUUACGAUGCCGCCGCUGCCCAAGAAUGGCACGAAGCUGACGCCGUCCUCCUUGCGCUCACACAUUGUCGCGGCGAUCAUACAGUAUCUGGUCGACUACUACGGCGGCAUCUUUCCGGGCGACCGUUCUCUGUGGUACGCUGUGUUUUGUGUCUACACCCGCAGGUUCCCGGGCGAAGACCCGCCGACGCUGCCGGUUGUCAAGGCUGCGGUCAAAAAGCUCGAAAUGGCAAAGGGCGUCGAAGAGCACACGUUUGGAUUCCGCGACGCCAGGGGCCAGUUCAUCUACUGUCGCCUCCUGGCACGCCCCGGCACGGACCUUUUCGGCUCGACCACAGCCAGCAAAUUUAAAGCGCGCAUCCAAGCCAUCUUCCCGCAGACAUAUGUGCCGGACGACUUUGCACCCACGGAGAAGGACCUGGCCAUUUUGAAGAUUCUCGACAAGGAAGCCGGGCGGAACGUGAGAGGCCGACGCGCGCUGCAGCCCGAGAUCGAAGUCCUCAGCGCGCCCUUCUACGACCAGCCGCAAGCGGCCAGACCGACGGCGCACUCUGUCCGUCUUGUUGGCUACGGCGACGAGGACGGCGAUCCGUCGCAGCAAAGAACGCCCAACGGGAAGCGGAAAGCAACGCUCACGGCGGGCGACAUCAUUGGCAGCCCCGCGGCCGAGCAGACGCCCAAGCGUCGCAAAACGAAAUCCACUGGCACGGGCCCGGCCCCGGAGCAUACCCUAUUUAAGGCACUGGGCAAUCUCUACGGCGGCGAAGGGCAGGAGCACGACGACGAAGCCGACAUCGACCCAGCGCUUCGCACGGUCCGGCCAGACCAAACCAGCAACGGUACGGGCACUGUCAUUGGCACUGGCAAAGGAAGCACUACGGCACGCCCUUUUGUCAACACGGGCAACCCGGGCCUUGACAGCCUUCCAGCAUCGUUCUUUUUGUCGGCAGACGACAUGCCCAUGCCCCGGAACCGAAGCAAGACCAAGCCUGCUACGGCUAGGACCGACGGCUCAGACGGCUUCACGACGUUUGUCCACUUCUUGCCGCCUAACACCCAGCUCGACGAUGGCCACGACGCAGAAGAAGGGUUUGCCUACAACGCCGUGGGCCGGCACAUUGCAAGCCAGGCAACCCGACUGCCGCCACCGCGUGCGUACAAGUUCGCUACCAAGACGCAACGGCUCUACGACCUGCGCAGAACAUCUCCGGGGGCCUGGCCCAUCUUGUCAGAGACGUCCUUUGAGCGCCAGAGCGACGCCAGCUUCACCAUGGACGGAUUCAUGCCGACAAAAAAGGCCUUGGUGCGCGCCAAUCUGCCCCGGACCGCCGCCGAAUGCGCGUCCAUGCUGCGUGCCAACCAAAAGCUGCCCGCGUUCAGCGACACGCCCGAAGGCAUAUUUUACCGCGACCUCGAGUACUGCCGAAGCUGGGAGAUGUCACAGGCCGGAAGCGAUCUUCUGCGCAAUUCCAGUGUGGCGCCCCGCUACGUGUUCCUCAACCUGGCCUUCCCAGGACCGCACUCGACCGCGGACGAUGCCUCGGCGACUGCAGCGGGUACACAGAGUACACCGGACGCCAACCCUCACCCCUACGCGCAGCCACCCUUGCGAUGGGUGCCCAAGAACCUGUACAGUGUCAAUACGAUCCCAUACGGCAUGCUGGAUGCGGACGACACGGCGGCGAACUACCUGGCACCGACCACACCAGCCCAGCGUAAGAAAUGGGCACGCAGCAGCAGCGAACUGGCGGCGCUGCGGGAGAAGCAGACCCAGCAGGCCAAGUACGUCAUGAGCUCGCGGCGCGAGCUCACGGCUUACCCCCAGAAGCCGGCCGACUAUGUCCACCACCAUCCCAUAGCGUCGUCUGAGACGGGCGGCGUGGACUGGACGGCCAACGACACGCUUGUGGCCGCGUUUGUUGUGGUCCGGACGCUUCUGGGGGGCUUGGGGCAGGCCAUUGACUGGGGCCUCAUGAUGCGGCUGUUCCCGGAUAAGAGACUCUCGGCGCUGCGCAAUUUCUGGAAGAACACGCGCCGCGAGCGCCUGCCGUACAUUGACAAGUUUACCGAGCGGUUCCAGCAGGCCUAUAUUGACGCCUACGAGCAACAGGCCGUCCCGUCGCUCGACUACGACAACGUCCUGGCCUAUGACUGGGGCCGGGUCGUGGGCUGGGCGCUCCGCCUGAUGCGCCACGACACGAAGACGCUGCCGGCCACGCGAGACGCGCUGGAAGCGAGCCACGCGCUGAUCGACCUGCCUCCGUCGCGCGUGGCCGGCUGGCGGGAAGACUUCUUCCACGUUUCGCGCUCUGUCUGGAACCGGCUGCACGACACGGCGUCCGAGGCGGCGGCAACGGCCCUUGACAAGCCGCCGCCCACCACGCCGGCCGAGGCAGUGCAUGCGGGCGCCAUUGACGACUUGAGGUACAUGGUGGCCCGCUCGUGGAUCCGGGCGCUCUGCGGCACGCCCCAUGCACGCUAUCAGCCCUCGAGCAUCAAGCGCAGGCUGCUCACGCUGGGCAGCCUGGGGGCCACGGCCAUCGGCAACGGCAGCGCUGGCGUGCUCGACGAGACGGCCACGAACGCCCUGCUGCAGACGGUGAUUUCGAACCUGACCACCGACCGCAUCCUGCGGCGCACCAAGUCGAUGAUGGCUCUGGGCGGCCGCAUGUACACGCUGACGGAAGCCUACGAGAAUGCGCUCGACAAGGCGGCCGUGGAGGACAAGUUCCGGCAGGCGUUUGCGUUCAAGGCCGAACUGGACGCGUGCUUUCGCCGCGCAAGGGAUGCGGCGGCAAGGGAUGCGGCGUACGAGAUCCCGGUCGACACCAACGACGACGGCAUGGUCAUGGCGCUCAUGAACCUGCAAGCGCACGGCCGUGUCGCCGUGGAGGCGAUUGACGCGCCUGACAUUCCCUUUGGCUUUGAGACGGGCAACUACGAGUCGCGCAAGUUCCCCAAACACUACCAGCGGUUCCGCACGCGCAUCGUGCCGACGGACACGUACGUCUUUAACGACGAUGCCGACCUGGCCGCCAUGCUGCAGCACGUGGCGACGUCUGUGACGACGGAUGGUGGUGGUGGUGAUAGUAGUGAUGGUGGUGAUGGCGGUGGCCAUGCAGACGGCGAGACCAAUCGUCGGGUUCCACCGCCCCCUCGGAUGGGCGCCCACAAGGAGAUGCCCAUCUGGCGCGACUUCUUUGGCGUUCUGGACCGCGCAUGGUUUGCCCGGCUGGCGGGCGCCGUGGUGUUUGUGCUGGCCACCCGCGGCGCGAUGCCCAUUGGGCAGACGGCAGCACACCUGCGGCCGGUCAUUGAGCCGUUUGAAGUGCAGAUGCUAACGGACUGGGCGGCCGCAGCGGGCAUUCUCCACGGCGGCCGUCGUGAUGACCAGACGACGACAUCGACAACGACAACGACAACCACUGCCGCGUCUGUGGACACAGUCGACAGCCCACCCAACAGCCAUGCCGUGUCCGAAUGGUGGUGGCUGCUGGUGGGCCAGAUGCAUGUCGCGGCGGAUGGGCCCGUCCCAGACGGCGGCGUCGACAACGGCCAGUUGGGCGAUGGAGACGGAGAUGGCGGGGACGCGUCUUUGGCCGACAUUGUCGAAGACGGUGAGGGCGAAGAGGAGGACGAAGGAGAUGGCGACGACGGCGACGACGCGUAA